CCUCUGGAAUUGCUUUGAAAGGCAAGAUACCUUGUUUUCUUUUGUCCAUGGAGUUGCCAUUUUUUCAUGGAAAGAUAACAAGAAGAACUUGUGAAGAACUGCUGGCCAAGAAGAGAAAGAAUGGUAGCUAUUUAAUACGAGAGAGCGAGAGCGUGGAAGGAGCCUUGUGUCUGUGUAUUUUCUUUGAAAACCUCGUCUACACUUACCGUAUCUUCAGGGAGCACCAAGGAUAUUUUAGAAUACAGACUUCUGAAGGUGCUCCAGAGAGGAUCUUCAGAACGUUAAAGGACCUGAUAUAUGCUUUUGAAAAGCCAGAUCAAGGACUAAUAACAAACCUCCGCUACCCAGUGAAGAAACAGAAGGCCUCGCAAAGAAGCCAGAGGUUCAACUCAGGAAUAGACAAGGUUUAUAGCGAAAUUGAUGACGCCGAUUAUGUCACUGUCUUACCGUGAAGGAUCUGUGCC